GAAGUUCCUCCUGUUGAUUCUGGCGACGACCGGUAAGGCAGACUGCGGAAACGAGUGAGGAGAGAUGGGCUGCGAUGGGGGAACGAUCCCCAAAAGGCACGAGCUGGUGAAGGGGCCGAAGAAGGUGGAGAAGGUUGACAAAAAUGCUGAAUUAGUGGCCCAAUGGAACUAUUGUACUUUAAGCCAAGAAAUACUAAGAAAACCAAUAGUAGCUUGUGAACUUGGCAGACUUUAUAACAAAGAUGCAGUCAUUGAGUUUUUAUUGGACAAAUCUAACGACAAAGCCCUUGGGCAGGCAGCAUCUCACAUUAAGAGCAUUAAGAAUGUGACAGAGCUGAAGCUCUCUGAUAAUCCAGCCUGGAGUGGUGAUAAGGGAAAUACAAAAGGUGAUAAAUAUGAUGACCUCCAGCGUGCCCGAUUUAUUUGCCCUGUUGUAGGUCUGGAGAUGAAUGGUCGGCACAGGUUUUGCUUCUUGCGCUGCUGUGGUUGUGUAUUUUCUGAACGAGCCUUGAAAGAAAUCAAAGCUGAAGUUUGUCAUACGUGUGGUGUCCCUUUUCAAGAAGAUGAUGUCAUUGUGCUUAAUGGUAAUAAAGAGGAUGUAGAGGUGUUAAAGAAGAGAAUGGAAGACAGACGACUCAAAAUGAAACUGGAAAAGAAAUCCAAAAAACCCAAGGCAGUAGAAUCAGCUUCUAAACCAGAGGUCACUGAAGAUUCUCCAGGGCCAUCAAAGAUUAAGGGUUUAAAAUAUGAAGAAAUAAACUUUAAUUCUAAAGAGAAGAAACUCAACUCUACUCAGAAAAGUGCAGGAACAAAUGGAAGUUCUUCAGGAAAAGUCAGUAAGUCUUCUGGAACCACUAAGAGAUCCAUAGCAGACAGUGAAGAAUCAGAGGCCUACAAAUCUAUUUUUACAACACAUAGCUCAGCCAAACGCUCUAAGGAAGAGUCCUCCAAUUGGGUCACUCACACAUCGUAUUGCUUCUAAAGUACUAUUCUGUUUGAUUGCAGCUUCUCUUCCCCAAGGAAGAAUAGUUUUCACAUAUCCUAGUCAUUGUAAUCUAAUAUUGUCUGUUUUGUUAUAUUUUGAAAAGUGUUUAUAAACUUGCCCUUGCCUGUAUGAAGUAUAAUAGUUGUAAUUAUUGAGUGUGUAGGAAAGAUAGCAAAUACUCAGAUAAUUGAGAAAUUCAGUAUUUCUCCAGGCAUAUUUUUAGAGAAUAUUAAACUGUUAAAGUAUCAAAUGCUUAAAGUAAAUUUGAUUUCAUCUUGACUUUAGUCAUUUUAAUUAUUUUAGUCAUUAAAAUAAUUAAAAUUUAACAACAGCCUUUUUCAUCCUAAAUUGCAGAUGCAGUUUAAGUUAAAAUAAAGCAUACACUAAUGAUGAAACUAUC